GGCAAGACAUGCUUUUCAUUGUCUCCCUGCUUAUCGACAAAUGACUCCCCAAAACGCCAAAUUCUAAAGGCCUUUUCCUUCCAUCUUUUGCCAUCCAAUCUUGGUUUCUAAUUCAUGGUCAUGCCAAAAAGAAAAAAAAUUCAAUUAUAUAUACACAUAUAUUAGCCCUAAAUUUUCUCUCCUUAUCUUUCAGACUUUAAGCAUGGACGUGUCAUCUGAACCACCCUUUCAAAAGGCAUACAAAACCCUCAUCGACAAGGUUGACAUGAUCGCCGUCGAGGUUGACUGGGUGGAAACAUGCGAGCUGCCGGUGAUCGACCUGAGCCGGUUGAAGCUCGGAGAAAUGGAGAGAGAAGAGUGCAAGAGAGAGAUAGCCAAGGCCUCCCGAGAAUGGGGAUUCUUCCAGGUUGUAAGACACGGAAUUUGCCGUGAAAUCUUGGAGAAAAUGAGGUGCGAGCAGCGGAAGCUCUUCAAGAGACCCUUCUACGAGAAGGUGAACGACAAGUACAUGAAUUUCUCCGCCGGAAGUUACCGGUGGGGAACUCCUUCCGCCACCUGCCUCCGGCAGCUCUCCUGGUCUGAAGCUUUCCAUGUUCCUUUGGCUGAUAUUUCUGGCUUGGCCGGUCUUGCCAGCCUCAGCCCGGCAAUGGAACAGUUUGCCACCAAAGUGUCGGACUUGGCUUUAGAGCUGGCCGAAAUUCUAGCCGAGAAGAUGGGUCACCGGUCGGAGUUUUUUAGAUCGAAUUGCCUGCCGAGCACUUGCUACCUCCGGAUGAACAGAUACCCUCCUUGUCCACACUACUCCGAGGUCUUCGGCCUGAUGCCGCAUACCGACAGCGACUUCCUCACAAUACUCUAUCAGGACCAGGUUGGAGGGUUGCAGCUAGUGAAAGAUGGAAGAUGGAUAGCCGUCAAACCCGACCCCCAAGCCCUAAUUGUAAACAUCGGGGACUUAUUCCAAGCAUGGAGCAAUGGAGUGUACAGGAGCGUGGAGCACAGGGUAGUCGCGAACAAGCAAGUGGAGAGGUUCUCCACGGCGUAUUUCUUUUGUCCAUCCUACGACACUGUGAUAGAGAGCUGCAUAAAGCCUUCAGUGUAUAGAAGGUUUAGCUUUAGAGAGUUCAGGCAGCAAGUGCAAGAGGAUGUCAAGAGAUUUGGGCACAAGAAAGGGCUCCCUUGGUUUGUUAUACAAAAUUAAGGCAACAACCCAUUCGACUUGAAUUUUGUCACAACUAUAUAUAAAAUGAUUAAUUAUAGAUUAUAAUAAAUGUAUAGUGGAUUUAUAAUUGUAUCGGAGUUUAGGAGCCGUCUGGCUAACACCAAGUGUUGUGUGAUGAUAUUAAUUAAUAAUUAGGAUUUAGACCCAAAAAAGGGUCUAGAAAAAUAUGUACCCAUUUGGGUUAAUUUAAUUAUAAAUUAGCUAACCUGUUGAGUAUUAUGUGUUCGUCGUUUAAUUGAGUAAUUUCAACCUUGUUUUAAUCUAAUUGAUUAUAUAUUUAGCACUUCUUGUC